GAGAGUAGGCGCGUCACACGCUCGUGGGGGGAAAUCAAGAGGGCGAAACGGCUCGUGGACACAAUGGAUUUGCGAACAGAAGGAUUUUGCGUUGAAUAAUCCACAGGGUCUUCCAUGAACACGACAAACAAGACGUAGAAGCAGAGGGCUGUGCCAUUUCUGCUCAUCUUUACUGCUGUUUGAUUAACCAUGAUGAAGACUGAACCCCCAUCUGCACCCAGCGGCAGCACAGCCACCCCCCUCGUAUCCCGAAGCGCCUCCCCGCACAGGAACGCAUAUGAGGCUGGAAUUCAAGCUCUCAAGCCGGUAAAAGACCCAAGUGCUGUGAAUGGAGAUGAAGGGAAACCUCGACAGCAGGGUCGGGGCCGCAGGUACGGCUCCAAUGUGCACCGCAUCAAGAACAUGUUCAUGCAGAUGGGUUCUCCUGGAGAAGAAGGGGACCCGUCGAAGCCCAACGAUCAGUCUAUCCGACUUUCUCUCCCUAGAGCGAGCAGUCUGAAUGAGAAUGUGGAUCACAGUGCUCUGCUCAAACUCGGCGGGACUGUGUCAGAGCGGGUUAGCCGCUUUGAUGGAAAGACUGAUGGCAGCGGUUCACGCGGGGCAGUCAACAGCGUUUCCAAGCUGCAGGAAACGCGCAAGAUAUUCGAACAACGCCACCUACAGGAGAAGCAGGCCGCAACCAAUCGAAUCCUGUUGAAGAAAGAGCGGGCAUCAGGAUUUCAGGACAGCCGUCUGGAUGUUUUGGUUCGCUUCAAUGGAAGUACAGAGUCCUUGGACAGGCUGGACCCUGAGGAUUGUCCCGCAGAUGCUGUGUCUCCUACGGUCAGCCAGUUAAGUGCUGUGUUUGAACAGUGUAACAACCUUCACCGACCGUCCUCGACUUCCCCAACCCCAUGCAAGCUUGAAGGAAGCAACUCAAAAACCACCAAUGAGGACCAAGCUGUCCCUCCGACAGACACGCAGGAGGAGGGAGCUCAGCAAAAGGACCCAGAGGUUGCUCCUAAGAGUCCGAAGUUCAGGACAGGCAUUCUGCCAGAUGGACCCAACAAUAAACCACGUGAAGAUGUGUUAUCUGGCACAGCGAAUACAAACCUAGAGAAGAUCCAGGAUGCUUCACACGCAGUUAAAGCGUCCAAACCUGGGGAGCAUCCAUCAUCCGGCACGGCAGAUGCAGGGAGCAGACUGGUACAGGCCGAUGUCCACACCUCGCUUGAAAACGGGGAGGCCACCAGCAGCUCAGAACAAAAGGAGGAAAUCGGACAAGCAGCUGGAGAGGCCUGCACUGAGGAGGAACCCCACAGAGAGGAUAUCUCAGAAGCAGACUUGGUGGACAUCAGCGCAUAUAGCGGAAUCGGAGAGGACUCCGGAGGUAGCCAGCUGGACGACGAUGAGGAGCCAGAGGAUGAUGAUGCUUAUGAACCAGAAUCCAGCUGUUCAGAGAUCCCCGGACUUCCGGAAGAAGAUGAACCUCCACCAAGCAGAAAGAUUGGUUUCAGUUCAAACCCAAUUAAGGUUUUCACCACAUACUCCAACGAAGAUUACGACAGACGCAAUGAUGAGGUCGACCCCAUGGCAGCUUCGGCCGAGUAUGAGCUGGAGAAGCGUGUGGAAAGAUUGGACCUCUUCCCCGUGGAGUUAGAAAAAGAUAAAGACGGAUUGGGAAUCAGCAUCAUCGGGAUGGGAGCCGGCGCAGACAUGGGCCUGGAAAAACUGGGAAUCUUCGUCAAGACGGUCACGGAUGGAGGAGCCGCCCAUCGAGACGAAAGGAUCCAGGUAAAUGACCUGAUAGUGGAGGUGGAUGGAACCAGUCUGGUGGGCGUGACGCAGAAUUUCGCAGCAUCCGUCCUGAGGAACACCAGCGGAACUGUCAAGUUUGUGAUUGGCCGGGAGAAGCCAGGGGAGCAGAGCGAGGUGGCCCAGCUGAUCCAACAGACGCUGGAGCAGGAGAAAUGGCAGAGAGAAAUGAUGGAACAACGAUACAACCCCUACAUGGAGGAGGACGAAGAGACGGGUGAAUACGCCACAGACGAGGAGGAGGAGAUGAGUCCCAUGUUUCCCAACGCCAUCGAGGUGUUUGACCUGGCCGAGAACGAGGACAUGCUCUCUCCUGUGGAGAUGGACCCAGAGAAGCUUGCGCACAAGUUUAAGGAGCUUCAGAUAAAGCAUGCUGUAACUCAGGCCGAGAUCCAACAGAUCAAGAGGAAGCUGGCUCAUGCCGAGCAGGAUAAGCUGCGCUGGCGGAUGGAGAAAGCUCAGCUGGAGCAGACGGUGAGGGAGAAUAAGGAGCGGAUGGAGAAGUUGGAAGGGUAUUGGAUGGAGGCUCAGAGCUUAUGCCAGGCGGUGGACGAUCACCUGAAGGAGACGCAGACACAGUAUCAGGCACUGGAGCGCAAGUACAGCAAAGCCAAGCGCCUCAUCAAAGAGUUCCAGCAGAAAGAGAUCGAGUAUCUGAAGAAGGAAACGGCUCAGCGCAGAGCACAAGAAGAAUCAGAGGCCGGUCACAAGGUGGAGACAGAAAACCUCCAGGAAAAGAUUACAGACUUGGAAUCCAAGGUGGGCGCUCUGAAGAACCUAGAGCCUUCGUAAGCUUCCCUCUGCGGAAAAGAGGGAGAAACAAGAGAAACGCCGCCCACUCUCCCCCGCCCACAUUCUUCCUCCACGACCUGAAGCCGAACCGAUGAACUGCAGGAAACAUGAUGAUGGGGGAGUUACCGGGGAAACGGAGUGGACAAACCAAACACACUGUACCAGACGCUAGACGGACGUCUACCCAUCAGCCCCUCAGGAGGCCCUUUAAUAUAAGCAUUUAGUCACGUUUUCCUCCUUACUUUCUAAACGCCUUUAAAGGAAUCUCGGAUGUAUCUGCACUCGGCAGGAAUGUAAAACUCGAAACGCUUGCAGCAGAAGCUUGUAACUCAGACGCAGACAGAACGGAAGCCCCCGUUAAUGAGGAGACGAUCGGAGCGAAUGGACUGUUUGUAUAUAUUUAAAUAUUAAAUAUUAAAACCGCUUAAGCAAUGUGCCGGGGGGGGGGGAGGGGGUAAGGGCUUUUACCUUUCACAUAGGCAAAUAAUAAGGUAAAAACACGUGUCCAUUUAAAUUUUUUGCAUGGACAGAAUUUGCAAACAGGGUGUGAGGAGUGUAAGUUUGUCGUUUAGUUUUAGCAUUCAGGGGCUUUUAGUGUCAUGUAAAAAUACAUGAUCAUGAAACAGUGUUAAAAGAAAGGGGGAUUAUAGGUAAUAUUUUAAUCAGUUAUGGAGCGCAGCGUUCAUGUGAAGCCUGAAAACUGUCAGGGGUCACCACACGGUUUGUCUCUCUUACCCACACUCUUAAAUAUAAAGAUGCUUCACGAUGCCAUAGAAGAACCUUUGGUUGUGUGGUACCUUAUAGAACAUGUUACAUCCAGACAACCAUUCUAUUCCACAAUAGGUUCUAUUUGUAGCGGACAAAGGUUCUUAUAACGAUAAAGAUAAUGAACCUUUGAUUGAAUGGUUCUUUGUGGAACCAUCUAAGACAUUGCUGUGAAGAUCCAUUUGGUAGCGCGUGUUUUUCUGUCAAGUUAGUUAAAGUUCAUCCAAAAAUAAAAUUCUGUCACAAUUGUCUUCUCUUGUCAUUUCAAACCUGUAUGACUUUUUUCUUCAGCAGAACACAAAAGAAGAUAUUUUGAAGAAUGUCGGUCACUGAACAACGUCGGUACCCAUUGAGUUCUAUUGUAUGGACAAAAAAACAAUCAAAGCCUCUGUAAAUCGGUUGCCAACAUUCUUCUAAAUAUCUUCUUUUGUGUUUUAAUGAAGAAAGUCAUACAGGUUUGAAACGACAAAGAGUGAGUACAGGAUGAGACCAUUCUCAUUUUUGGUUGUACUAUCACUUUAAGCAGACUCCAGGUAUGAGACUUUACAUUCAGAGAAAGAAUUGUGUAUCACGGCCUUUUUUAAUCCGACUCAUUAUCUUUUACCAGCACUCUUUGUUGCGCAGUCUUUCUCUUUUUGUAUCUGGAGACCACAGUAACACACACUUGGAACUGCAGAGAGUGCUUGAGAAUUGUUUGCCUGUCCUUUUCUUCCAGCAGAAUGUGCAUUCAGUAUUAUUAAUCCAUUAACAAUCAUGUGGAAUAUCUCUUUUGUGGUGUUAUAAUCCACAAAUGUCUCAAUGUAUGUUUAAAUUAGAGUUUGUUUCGAUUGUACUCCUGGGGAAACUGGAAUUUUGACAGCAGUUAAUGGGGCGUUUAAGGCUUCAGGUGUUUUGCCUUUUGCAUCUGCAACUUAAAUCAAGAGCUGGUCUUAGAUCAGCAUUCUUCCAACAAAUCCAUUCAGACAUGUUGAGACCUCAUUCAUGACAUGAAUCCUCGAUAAAUCAUUGCAUUUGAUUUAAUGUAACGGUGCACGUAAAGAGAUUAUUUCUUCAGUUAGAUCUGAUAGCUGUGUUCUGUUGUCCUCUGUGUUUGAUUCAGUGAGAAUCAUCACAUUUUCAGUCCUUGUUUUUUAAAUGCAGUAUUGAAAAAACUCAAGUAUUUUAGUGUUGUCAAAGACGUUUUGUGAUUUCAAGGUCUUCAUUUUUUCUUUUCCUACAUUUUUCUACAUGCUACACUUCUUUUAUUACAAUGGAUUAAUGGAAGGAUAAUAUAAACAUUCAUUGAAGGUUUUGUCUCGCAACAGAUUCUAAGAAUCCUAAAAUAAUUGGUUUUGGUCAACUUUAGUCAUGUAUUUGCUUAUCUGAGUUUGUUCUCAGAAGUUGAAGCGUGAAGUCCAAUCAAUGGCUUGGUAACAGUAUUCUCUGCAUAUUAAGAUGGAAUACGAGAAAACUAGACACUUCAAUUUAAUAAAUUAAAAGGGAGUAAAAGCACUGACUAGAAAAUAUAUAUAUAUUAGUAUAUAAAGAGUUUGUUUCCAAAAUGAGAUUCCGUUUUUAAUAUUUUUUUUCAAAAAUCAUGUUUUUUAUUGUGUUAUCCUGUUUUUAUUCUGUUAGUAAGCCGUAGUUUUUUUAGUUAUUAUGGCUUAAAUCAAAACAAACUAACUGUAGUUUGAUUUAUAUUAAUUGAAAUGCACAAAAAGAAAUGAGUUAUCUCAUUUUGGAAAUAAACUUAUUUUUGGGGAGGGGGUCGUUCCACAACUAAUAUAAUACAUGUUCAUUGGUCUCAAAAAUUAUUUUGAGGGGUUUUUGUUUUGUCAGAAAAUACUUUUUUAUUAAAGAUUUGACCAUGUACCUGGAAAAGGAUAUUCUAACAUGAUAUUUGCUGUGUACAGUUUCUCUGUUAGCUGAAAUGUAUUGUUGAUGGAUAUCCAGAGGGUGUCACAGUUGAAACAUUAAUUUUGUUACCUUGUUACACUGUAGGAACAAGCCAACUGAUGUUUAAAAUAAACUUGGAUCAAACGCUUUGCUUCUACAUCAUGAACUCUUCGCUUAGCUAUUGCCUUUAAUGAAAUGAACUGAAAUUGCUUCCAUGUACAGGAAAGAACUUGGUCUUGUGCUCUGGUGUAUUGGAUCCUCUUUAUAUUUCUUGUCUACAUUUUAUUUAAAAUGACUUCUAAUAAAGUCAGCUCACAAUGACUUGAGUUAAAAGAUUAUGUUGUGCUGGCGUUAAACACGCAGUAACAUAGUGGUAGCCUAUUGGAUGAAAAACGGCAAUAACCUUGAUAUUAAUUGCUGUGCAUUUUAAAGCUGUUGUUUAUAACUUUUUCAGUUAAAAUACAAAUCAUUUACUGAGCAAAAUCAUAAAAAAUACAAAAAUUGUCUCCACUAAUAAUGAUUUAUAAUUUAGGCUGGGUACAUUGUUUGAUUAAAUUUCACUUAACACCCACUUAAAGAAAUUUUUUUGCAGUAAACAAGUUCAUGAUGAGAUGUGAUGAAGAGGUGAACGUUACGAAUUGCAGUUUAGUAAACAUGGAAGGAAACUGGUUUUAUGCUUGGUAUAUGAACAUUAUUUCAGUUCCCGUUUUACCCCUGCCAUGUAAAUGCUAUCACCAGAGGAAGAUGUUUUCCAUUUGAAAUAAAUGUCACGUUGCAUAUUCACUGGCAUUAAUAAUAAAUGCAAACAUGUUCUGAUCAACAGUAUUAAACUGUCAGUUUUGAAAGUCA